GUGGCAGGAGGAGAGCGAAACACGACACCCCGCGAGAGGAAGGGGGGUUUGAGAGAGAGAGCACGGAGUGAGUGAGCGAGUGAGUGGAAAAAGAAAAGUGUGAGCCGGAGAAAGAAGAGCCGAGUUGGUACUUUAUUCCUUCCAGGAGCGCCGCUCGUCUCUCUGCCGUUGAGGAUGGGGAUGGUGAUGUGGAGGAAGAGUGGACCAUGCGACGUCGUUCGAACCACUGGGAACAACAUUUAGACUCGUCGCAUUCCGUUGCUCCAGCACCGAUCGACGGCAGCGCGUCUCCUCCAAAGUCCGACGUGCGCCAUUCACACCCGGGCGGCUCAAUCCCUCCUCCCAAGAGGCUCGGGGCAACUUUCCGCACCAGGAGACCCGUGCUGCAAAACAAACGACCCCGCACGAAAAAGUUUUCCAGACAAUGUCUGUUAGCUGAGUGAAAAGGCAGAAGCUCGUGCGACGUUUGGCGGAGCGUUGAAGCUGGAAAUCCGCGCUCAUAAUCGGGUCAGGUUCUUUCUAAGAAGCCGCUCGUGAGAACAACACCGGAGGAAGGAGUGGGGUGUCGCUGCUAACUUCGCUAGCGACUUGGCUAACGGCUAACUAACGUCCAAAGUUAGCAGUCGACGGGGAAAGUGGGCGAAGCGGCCGCGGCAGCGAUGAAAACCCCGGCGGACUCGGGGUUCGCCUUCCCGGAAUGGGCCUACAAGCCCGAGUCAAGCCCGGGCUCCAGGCAGAUCCAGCUGUGGCAUUUCAUCCUGGAGCUGCUGAGGAAGGAGGAGUACCACGACGUCAUCGCCUGGCAGGGAGACUACGGGGAGUUCGUCAUCAAGGACCCAGACGAGGUGGCUCGUUUGUGGGGAGCCAGGAAGUGCAAGCCACAGAUGAACUACGACAAGCUCAGCAGAGCACUGAGAUACUACUACAACAAAAGGAUCCUCCAUAAAACCAAAGGGAAGAGAUUCACCUACAAGUUCAACUUCAGCAAACUGGUGCUGGUCAACUACCCCUUCAUCGACAUGGGCUCCGGCCGAGGGGUCCCCCAGAGUGCCCCCCCAGUACCAACCGGAGGGACCCACUUCCGCUUCCCCCCCUCCACGCCCUCAGACGUGCUCUCGUCCAGCGAGGAGCUGCGCAGCCCGGGAAUGUUCAGCAGCGUGGCCCGUCGCAUGGCGCGGGGCUCCGUCAGCGACUGCAGCGACGGCACCUCCACCAACUCGGAGCUGGAGGAGGCUGUGGGGGCGGAUGAGAGGGGCGUGGGGCCCGAGAGGGCUUUCAGGGGUCUUCUGCCCCCUCGCCUGACUCACGAGUCUCUGUUCAGGGUCUACGGGGGAGGCCCAAACCCAGCAGGGCUCCCCAGACCGGCCCCCAGGGUCCACCCCGAGCCUUUGUCACCAUUCCCUGUCUCCCCCCUGCCUGGCCCCGGGGGUCUUCUUGCCCCAACUCUGUCCCCAGCCCUUUCUAUGACUCCCACCCCCCACCUGCCCUACACCCCAUCCCCCUCCCUGUCCUCUCCCAUGGUCGGCUCUCAUUUCUCCUUCAACCCGGAGGACAUGAAGCACUACCUGCAGGCCCACACUCAGUCGGUCUACAACUACCACCUCAGCCCCCGAGCCUUCCUCCACUACCCCAACAUCGUCAUCCCUCAGCCCCAUCGCCCCACUCCAGAGAAGCCAGCUCCCCAUCAUCUCCACGGCCCCCCCCUGCCGCUCUCCCAUUCGCUCAGCCAGCACCCUGGAAGUGGAGAAGAUGUGCAGCAGCACCCGUCACCGUUCAAGUUCAAACUGCAGCCACCUCCGCUUGGGCGCAAGCAGAGGGAAGCUGGAAGCUCACUGGCUGCUUCUGCCUCAUCCUCCUCAUCCAGCCAGUCUUCAUUUACUGGUUCUAGUCAGACAACUAAAUCCAUCCUGUCCACAGGGGCUCCGAAGAUCAAGGUGGAGCCCAUAUCAGACAUUGAGUCAGAGGAGGAGGAGGUGGAGGUGACUGACAUCAGCGAGGAAGAGGAGCUGAAUCAUGAGGAAGAAGGCGACAUCUUUCCCCCGACAGCUCGCCACCAUCAUCACUUGAUGAACAAUGAGCAUCGGGCUAAUGGGAAUGGCAGCAGCCCCUCUGCUGCUCCUCCUCCUCACAGCAACCACGAUGACGACCCUGAUGACGACGAGGAGGUCUUCAAAACUCCGGCCACUCCUCCCAUCGGGAGCGGAGGCCUGGCCUUCCCACUGAUCAACCUGAAGACCGAGCCGGGUCAGGCGGCUCCCAUCAGCCCCGGAGGCACACGCUGCAUUCCGCUCAAGCUGCGCUUUAAACGCCGCUGGAGCGAAGACCAGAAGAUGGAGGCGGACGGAGAAAGGGACGAGGCAGAGGACAAGAAAGUGAGAGCUGAGGGAGAGGAGGAGGUGGAGGGCAACAGCAAGCACGCAGGCGGGAAGGGGGGAGAGGUGGAAAAGUUGGGAGGGAAAGGAGGAGGUGUUAUUCUGGGGUUGAUGCUACCACCACCUCCCACACAGCGCAGAGCCAGCUCCGAGCUGCAGAGAGCUACAGCACAGCUGUCUCUGGAAAACACUGGCUGCUGAGCGUCGUGUGCACAAGCACAGACACGCUCUCAGAGGAUCCAGCUCAGACACACAACACACACCUCUGGGAGUCUUCAACCACCCGGGCAGCAGUUCAGCCUUAAAGGUUUUAGUUUGACACAAAUAAGUAAGAAACUGAAGUUGUUUCAUGUUCGUUGUGCAUCUGAAUAUGUACAUGCAUCAUGAUUAGGUAGUUCUGUGCAGGAGCUCCGUGAAUUAGUCAGAAGUCAAACAUUUUCCUACAUAGAUGACAUCUACAUGAUUCAGAGGAAGAAAAGAACAAGAUGACUGUGAGACUGUCAGCGUAAUGAUCUAUAUGCACCCAUAUUACACAGAUGUGCCCACGUAGCCUCUAACGGACUGAAGACACAGCCGUGCUCCUGUUGUGACUGCGACUCUAGAUGAGCAGACCCACGCUGACCCACGCUUCAGACACUGCCUUGUCCCACACAGAAUCAAGCUCAUCACACCAGUCCCCACCGUGUCUUCAAUGGCGUGUGAGUUUGACUGGUGCAGGUUUGCGUUGGCUCAGAGGCAGCGUAUCGCACAGCAGUAGAUUGAAUUUCUCGCUCAUGCCUGGCUCACUUGAAGGUGAUGAGCCCUCCACUAGACGUCCCUCUCUUCUUUUUCCUCCUUUGUGCUCGCCGGAACACGCAGACGGAUCCUGAUGUCGCUGAAACACUUUUAACAGCCCUGAUAGAGAUUACAGAGGUGCCUCUCUGUCUGCAGCAGGUCACAGCAUGGAGGGCAGUGAGAGUUGGGGGGGGCACCCCUCUGUGACGGAUCCUGUAGACUGAAGGGGGUUUUUACUUUCCAGAGGAGAUUAGAAAGAAGAGUGUAACAGGUCCUUUCUCCUGGAGCAGCUAUCGGACUGCAUCAGGGCCUCUUCAUGCUCGGCUCGUUCACUACAGCGUAUGAAGACCUGAAAUGAGGACAGACAAACUAAACCUGAGGGGAAGGAGGAUUUGAUGAACUGACUUUGACAUCUCAACCUCUGACCCGUCAUAUGGACUAAUGGCUCUGUUACACUCACUGUACAGAAAACUCAGCCUGGUAUCGGAGGGAAGCUCUGCAUCCUCCUGCUCCUCUCUCUGCUUUUUCAGCGAAACGAGGAAGCGGCUUCAAGAACGGCUAUAAUUAGACACCCUUGUUCAUGAUUGUGUGUGUGUGUGAGGACCCAAAGCUGGUGUAAAAAGGCCUCAAGGAUACAUAGUGUCUCCGCUUAGUGUGUCCCUGCGUGACUUCGCACAAUGUUUUUGGGGGGUUUGGAGGUUUGAGGGCAUUGUAGUAUUUUGUGUCUACAACACACAGAUCAGCAGCUCUCUUCUGCAUUCCCGCUUUCUUUUGUAAAGACUGUGUUCUUUCUGUCAGAGGACCCAUGUGCCUCCUGAAAAGCAUGGGACAGUAUUUUAGGGCAUUUGCAGUGAUCUGGGGGAGUUCUGUAUUUUGGAGACAAUAGCGGAAUCUGUUCAUGUGAUGUUUUCAUGAGCAAGUAUUGAAGUGAACUGAUUUUUGUUGGGAACCAUGUAAUGAAUGUUGAGCGUCAAGGUGAACUCAGGCAAAACUUCACUGAGAUACUGAGAAACAUUAUUUUUAACAAUGUUUUAUUCAUAUAGUUUAAAAACGCCCAUUUUGAUUGUGCCUUUUUAAGCCAACAUGAGUUUUAUCAAGGGUCCCCAGCUAAAUAUUUUAACUAACACACACACACACACACACACACACACACACACACACACACACACAGUACCAUCAUGCCUUCUGCUUUUGUAAGAAAGAUACAGAAAAAAUAAAUCUACACCUAUAUAUUUUAUUCAAAUAUAUUGAAUUCAAAUAUUAUAUUUCAAUAUGGUCGUUUGAUACAAAUCAGGAGAAUCCUACUAUUUUUAAUGGUAAAGAUAUGUAUAUAUUCUAAUAGGCAUAUUAUUACCAGUAUAAUUCAGCCUUUGCCUUCUCACCCUUGCCUUCUCUUGACCGUUGAGCUGCCGUAACAAAGGCCGCUGGUAUCAGAGUUUUAUAUUUAUAUUGUAAAAAAAAAAACAGUUAUUGUGUGUUCAGGGGACCGAGGGUGUGUCGAGACAAGGAUGAGUGAGUGAGAACACUUAGCAGACCUGGGUCACGUCAUAUUUACCUUCAGUGGGUGUAUUUGUGGAGUAGCAGGGCGCGGUUUGCCACAUCAGGACGGGGUCCAGCUGUACAGAGGUAGAUGUUGCGUUAUCGUUUGGGCUCCUGGCUGGUGAACCCACCUGUCUGAGUAAAACUCCACUGACUGAUCCACAUCUGUUUAAAAGGUGUGGAGGCGCAAGGUGGAAGCACAGCUGCAUGUGUAGAGACUGAUUCUGAUUGGACCACCGCUGCUCAGAAGCCUGGUUUGAGCAUCGAAAAUGGACCUGAGGAAGUUUGUGUGAAUGAGGGUCAGAUGCUCCCACAGCGAGUGGCAUCACAUCCUCACCCACCUCACCCUCACCCUUCUCACCCCCAGCCAGCCCCACCCUCACCCUCAACCAGCUCAUUGAGUUAUGGUUCCUAACGCAGCGAGUGGACUUGAAUGGCUUGGUCUUGCUUUGACGUGCAGAUUGUCCAACCAGCUUCCGUCUCGUUUCUCUUCACACAUCGUUGUUUCUCAGAUGUCUGUCCUUCAGCGUGCUUCAGCUUGCCAACAUUAUCAGCAUUCCUCUUUUAAAAAGCCAGGGUCAGACCUUCCACAUCUUGUAGUUUAUUUAGUAAAAUAUGCUGACAAAGGCACCUGAGGCAAGUUUAAGGACAGAUGUGGCAGCUGACGAGUGUCUGGGGUCUGAAAGCGAAGACGAGCAGCUGUACCUGAACCGUUCACAAACAAACAUGCCGCAGUAACCGUUUCCCACCGGGUAAAUCUCACCCCUUGAUUUUAUUGACGCUGUUCUUAUUUGCUUCUGUGUUUUUCCGACAUAUUACCGUUAUCUUGUAAUUAUUAUAUUAUUAACAUUACUAUUUUUCAUUAAUUUGUACCCUCUUGCCAUGGCAUGACCUCUUCUCCAUGAAUUCCUGGUUGUCUGUGGGUUUUUGUUGCAGUUGGCUCUCUUCUCUAUGAACCUGAAGUCGGUGCAGUUUGUUUUUGUUUUUACUUACAAUGAUUUUCUAACCACGCGACCAUGGACAAGAGGAGGGUCACAUAACCCCACAUGAUAUACAGGGGAAAGAAGCAAGUGUUUUUAUUUUUGAUGUUCUGUCAGAAAAAAGAGAAAUGUACUGUUUAACCAUUGUAUUAUUUGAAACGUGUCCCCUGUCCUCUCUGUCUCCCCCCCGUCCCCGUCUCUCCUUAGUGGUGAGCUCCCACUCACGAGGGGAGACGGAGACUGGUUUUCAUCAUGGAAGAAGUGCCUGUACUUCUGUUCAUCUUCAUUUGUAAUUAAACAAUUAUCAGGGUUCAUUAAAAAAGGUAAAAAUGGA